AUGGAACUUGAUAAUAAUGAAAGUUAUGAAACUAUUAAUGAAUGGAUAGAUGAUGUAUUAAGCAAAAACUCUAAUAAAAUGAUGAGCGAAGAGUCUAAUUAUGAUGCAUCAAGUGAAAAAUCUAUUAGUGAUAAAACUUCAAGCAAAGAUAAUACUUUAAGUGAAGAAUUAGAUUAUGAAUAUUAUUCAAGUGAAAGAUCUAAUAAUAGUAAAAUAAUAAGCAACGAAUCUGAUAAUUGUGUAACAAAUAAAAAGGGGUCUAAUAAAAUUGUUGAUAAGCCCUUAAGCAAAGAACAAAUGCUAUUUAUUAAUAGAGAAUUUGUAUCAUCUUUUAAUAAUAUUACUGAGGCAUUAAUAUUCUCUACACAUGCAUAUGAUAAAUUGGUGGAUAUAAUUCAUCAUCCGCAAUUCAAAAGUACAGAUGUCAUGAAGAAUAUUCAACGAUUUAGAAAAUAUAGACAGAGACUACUAUUGCCUUCGAUCAGGUCACAAUACAUUCAUAUCUUUGAUAAAAAAAUACUAUCUACAUCCCGAAAGACAAAAGAGAUGUACUAUUUAUCUAUUACUGAAAUUAUUUG